AUGUUGCCACUUUUCAUCUUUGCCUCCAUGGCUGUUUUGGGACUUAGUAGCGUUUUGGGACUGUGCACCAACUCAAUAAUCAUUGCUGUGAAUAUUGUGGACAAAGCCAAAGGCAAGAACCUCAGCUCCUCAGACAUAAUUCUUGUCACACUUAGCGCUACCAAUAUAUUUUUUCAAUUUGCCAUGCUGGCUAAUGAUUACCUAAGCUUUCUUUGGAGCGACAUCUAUUUUUCAAAUGAGGUAUACGUCACUUUCUCUGUCAUGAUGACCGUAUGUGUCUAUGUCAGCUUUUGGUUCAUUGUUUGCCUGUCUGUGUCCUACUGCUUGCAGAUUGUUAUAUUUACUCAUACAUUUCUGGUCCGACUCAAGUUUGGCAUCUUUCAGGUAGUUGUACGGCUCAUAAUGGCUUCUGUUUUCAUCUCUAUGGUUACUGCCAUCCCUGCUGCAUGGAAUUUUUACAGAGAUCCUGCAAAUGUAAAUUUGUCAGGUAAUAGUACAGAAAUAACUAUCCCCAAACUAAGUAUUGUCUACCUGAUUCCAAGUAAUCUCAUCAGCUGUUCCUGUCCGCUAGUUCUUGUUGGAAUUGCCAAUGGACUCAUCAUAAAAUCUCUUGUUAUUCAUAAAAACAAAGCAGAUCAUAAUGCAAAUAGAGAACUAAAUGCACGUGCAGAAGCUCGGAAACGUGCAGCCAGAACUAUUGGUUUACUGCUCCUUCUCUACAUAGUCUUUUAUGUAUCAGAGAUCUUCUUGAUCAUAGACCUUUUCCCACCCGAUAGCCCAGGAUUUUGCAUUUGUUUGAUGGUCAUAUACAGCUACUCUCCUGCUCAGUCCAUUGUACUUAUCUUUGGAAGUCCUAAACUGAAACAAGUGUUUAUCGCAUUAAUACACUGUGCAGGGGGACAAAGCAAAGAAAACCUCAAGACACCAAAGGCUUUAUUUAUCAAAAUAAAUCCUCUUAAGGUUAAACCACUGGCAGCCUGA